GAAACGCAACAGCUUGCACGAGUGAAGAGAUAGUCAGUCUACUACAUGAAGGCAAAUGGAUAGUGUGGAAGAGCCAGGUGGUAGCGGAGAGAGCCAGGCAAGUGAUUCAACAAAGUUUGUCCCCAAGAGAGGUGCGCAUUCUGUUGUGUGGAAAUACUUCGGCUUUAAACCUGAAGACGACGAUCAAUGUGGCGAGGUGUACUGCUGCAUAUGCUCCAUCACAGUAGGAGCAAAGCAGGGCAAUACUUCUAAUUUGUCCGGCCACCUCAAACGCCACCACAUAGUGCAAUAUGACGAAAUUAUGCCCAAGACACCUGAUGCACGCCCAAAACAGGCGUCUAUAACAGACACCUUACAGAACGCGACGCCCUAUCCGACCAGCUCCAGCAGGCAAAAACAAAUAACUGAUGCAAUAGCAUACCACAUUGCCAAAGACAUGGCGCCGAUGUAUACAGUCGAGCACGUUGGAUUUAAAAAGAUGGUCCAAACAUUGGACAAACGUUACACUAUGCCUUCGCGGAAAUACUUUUCCAAUGUUGCGAUACCAGCAAUGUAUGAUUCCAAGCGGGCAGAUGUCAAAGCGGAAUUACGUGAAGUGAAAUACUUCUCGGCAACGUCAGAUUUGUGGUCCAGCCGGACCAUGGAGCCUUAUAUGAGCCUGACCGUGCACUUCAUUACAAGUGACUUCGAGAUGAAAAGCCGAUGUCUUCAGACGAGUUUCUUCCCGGAGGACCACACUGGUCAGGCUUUAGCUCAUGGCUUGAAGGAGGCGCUUGCGGCAUGGGGGUUGGAUGAGGAAAGGCUGGCUUGCAUUACAACAGACAACGGGCAAAACAUCGUCAAAGCCAUUUCCAUAAACAACUGGACCAGGCUGCAAUGUUUUGGCCACAGACUGCAUCUUGCAAUCGAAAAUGCCAUGAAGCACACAAAAGUUGACAGAGCAGUGGGCCUUUGCAAGAAGAUUGUGGGAUCCUUCAGUCACAGCUGGAAGCGCAGGAGAGACCUUGCUCAGGUCCAAAAGGAGCUCAAACUGCCUGUGCACAAACUGAAAACGGAGUGUCCAACAAGAUGGGGGUCAAGGCAAGCCAUGGUGCAGCGAGUCCUUGAGCAGCUACCAGCCAUCACUCAUGUCUUAUCCCCGGACCGGAAGACGAGGCACCUGGUUCCCAUGUGGCAGGACCUAGAGAUCCUUGAGGCCAUCAAUGCCACCCUCACCCCACUUGCUGACUUUACAGAUGCCCUUUCCGGAGAGCAGUAUGUGAGCAUUUCUUCAGUCAAGCCGGUGCUGCAUCUGUUUGAGUCCUCCGUGUUGGUGGUCAAAGAGGAUGACAUAGAGUUCACCGCAACAUUGAAGACCAAGAUCUUGGGAUACCUUCAAGACAAAUACAGUGACCCGAAUACACAGGAUCUCCUCAACAUGGCAACGACACUUGACCCAAGAUUCAAGAUGGAUUACAUUGGAGAGGAGGUCAAACCCACUGUACGAGCAAGACUGGUGGAUGAGAUGACUGGCCUUACACCAGCUGAGCAAGUUGCCCCUGACCCCUCGACUGAUCCCCAGAAACCUCCUGCGAAGAAGGCCCGGAAGACGCUUGGAAGCUUCUUUAAAGCCGCAAAAAGCAAUGAGGAGUCAGGCCCCACAGUUAAUCGAGACCAAGCAGUUCUGUCAGAGAUGGAGUCAUAUCUCCUUACACGAAACAUAGACACUGAAGAUGAUCCCUUAACUUGGUGGAGGGAAAAUAAGGCCCAAUAUCCCCGAAUGUCUUUGCUGGCACGAAAGUAUUUGGGCAUCCCUGCCACGAGCUCACCCUCUGAGCGGCUGUUCAGUACUGGAGGGAACAUCGUGACCUGUCAACGGUCAUCACUGAGGCCUCAAAAUGUUGACAGACUUGUGUUCUUGGCAAAAAAUCUUUGAGGAAAUUAUGCAGGGCCUUGUAUUGAUCUAUAUUCAGCCCU